AUGGCAGAAGACGUAACUCAGGGAUCUCGUUUGACAGUGGGUAUAGUGAAUGGCAAAGAAGCAAAAACCAACUCCAGACCUUACAUGGUUUCUAUUCAAUUGCAUAAGCAACAUGUCUGCGGUGGAUUCCUCAUCUCUGAUCCAUGGGUCUUGACUGCUGCACAUUGCUGGGAAAAAAGUCAUAUUCUGACGGUUGUGGUUGGUACUCAAGACUUAAGGCUCAAGUCGAUUUUGAACCACUUUACAGUGAAGGACUAUAUCCAACAUGAAGAGCAUCAAAGCAGACCUUAUCGGAAUGACUUAUUUAUUGCUCAUUGUACCAACAAAAUCAAACUAAAUGUUAAAUGUAUAUCAUUACCAAAGGAAGAUGAUGUUGCAGCAAAUACUCUCUGUGGUGUUGCUGGCUGGGGACUGCAAACUAAUGGCCAAAAAUGUGAUCGUCUAAUGGAGGCAAACGUGACUACAAAAAAAAAAAUAGAGUGUCACCUUAGAUGGGGAGCUGAAUAUGUAGCCUCACAGAUGAUCUGUGUGUAUGGAAGUGGUGGAUCCUGCAGAGGGGAUUCUGGAGGUCUUUUGGUUUGUGGAGACACUGCAGUCGGUAUCACAUCUUUUGGUGACAGUUAUCACUGUAAUUUACUUGAGCGUCCUAAUAUGACGUAUAUUUCAGAAGAACAAUGCAAAACCCCAUACUGCAGCAUGGCUUAA